UGUCCGGCCACGCUUUGAGGAAAGAAGGGCCGCGAGGUUGGUGGGACUGAGACGCCUACCGACGCGGAGGGCCGCGUGGCAUGCUGGGAGUUGUAGUUCGAUGCUGGUUUAGGGUUUCAGGCGUGGAGGCUCCAAAAUCCAAGGUUUGACUUCAACCUGCCCUUGCUGUUGCCUGGGCCGCUGGUGAGCCGUUAUUGGCUGCCGUUAAGGACCGUUACCUUUCCCGGAUAUGCAGAGGUUGAAUGAACACUAAUGAACCAGGACCAGGGAAAAGUAUGAAGGAAUGAAGGUGCUGGCUUCUUUGGCCCUUUCAUUCUGUGGUUCAAAGCUUUAAAUGGCCGCAAAGCUCCUUAAGCUCAGGGUGUGACCCUGCCCCGCUGGGCUGUGGCUGCCUCUCUCCCAGUUGUUUUGGCCCAAACUGAUCAGGCCCGCUCACUUCUGACAGGUAAGUCCUGCUGGCUUUCCUCUGGUGACCAUCCUGAUUGGCUGAGCUUGCCCUACUCUGCAGUUGUUUCCCGGCUCUGGCUCCGUAAUCUCUCGGACCUCCCUCUUUCCUGGGAAGAUGUUCCUGGUGGGCCUUACGGGGGGCAUUGCCUCCGGCAAGAGCUCGGUGAUCCAGGUGUUCCAGCAGCUGGGCUGUGCGGUGAUUGACGUGGACAUCAUUGCCCGGCAUGUUGUCCAGCCAGGAUACCCUGCGCACCGGCGCAUCGUGGAGGCCUUCGGCACUGAGGUCUUGCUGGAGAAUGGUGACAUCAAUCGCAAGGUCCUGGGGGACGUGAUCUUUAACCAGCCUGACCGGCGGCAGCUGCUCAACGCCAUCACUCACCCUGAGAUCCAAAAGGAAAUGAUGAAGGAGACCUUCAAGUACUUCCUUAGGGGAUACCGCUAUGUGAUUCUGGAUAUCCCCCUGCUGUUUGAGACCAAGAGGCUGCUCAAGUACAUGAAGCACACGGUGGUGGUGUACUGUGACCGGGACACACAGCUGGUGCGGCUGAUGCAGCGGAACAGCCUGAACCGCGAGGACGCAGAGGCCCGGAUCAAUGCACAGCUGCCCCUGACGGACAAGGCCCGCAUGGCGCGCCACGUUUUAGACAACUCGGGCGAGUGGAGCAUCACCAAACACCAGGUCAUCCUCUUGCACGCUGAGCUGGAGCGCUCCCUGGAGUACCUGCCGCUGAGGCUCGGCAUCCUCACAGGUCUGGCUGGCAUUGCCGGCCUUCUCUACCUGCUCGUCCGCUACCUUCUGCCUUACCCCUAGCUGGGCACACCAAGGUGGGAAGCCCCAGGCCUCCAUCUCCUUGGAGGCCAAAGCCAGGUAACACAUCCUGUUUCCUCCCAACCCCCUCAAAACACACACACACUUUCUCUCUCUCCCUCUCUCUCUCUCUCUGUCUCUGAAUCUGGGCUGGGCCCCUGCGCUGGGCCGAUCUUUCUUUGGAGCGCAUCCUGUCUGAGGCAGAGAAACAGCCUGCUGGCAGUAGGUGCUCCUACCCACCUUUCCCAGGGCACCUUCCUGCUGUGGCACCACCCACAGAGCAGUAUCCAUAAUGGUGCAUGAGAGCAGCAGUCAGAGGCUGCUGUGAAUUUCUGUGGGCAGCUUGGGGAACACUGUCUCUAUGGCCCUCACCAGGGCUCACCAGAGCUGGGAGGCCAAGCGUUCCCUGGGCUUGAACCCCCUUUGAGGACGUGCCCAGUCAUGGCCAAAACCUCCUUAGUGUGGACCAUGGGAAUCAUUUUGGACCAAGGGUUUCUGCUGUUAAAUAGGGUUCAACAGCAUCCUGCCCUAGGUUGGUGCCCUUGGACAGGAUGCAGUGAGGAUUCCCUCGUGGGUGAUGCUGGAGCCACCAUCCCACCAUGGGACUUCUCCAGUGCUCCCCACCCCCUGCUCACUCCCUCCCACCACUCUGAACUCCUAGCCCUGAACUCUUGGUCCUCCUCACACACCACACUGUUUCUCACCUCUGUGCCUUUGCCCUGCUGCUCCCCUGCCUGGAAUACCUUUUCUUUUCUUUUUUCCUACAACUGGCUAACUCCCAGCUCAGGUACCGUCUGAAGCCCCAGGCUGGAUUAGGUGCUCUGGGAUACCACCCCCAUGUUUACCUUAAUCCACGGUACCAUCAUCAGCCAAAAGCUGGUUGGUUUCUCCUAGUAGCCUGUAAGCCCUUUGAGGACAGGAGCAGCGUCGCAUUCAUCUCUGUGUUCCUAGUGCAGAACCUGGCUCGCUGUUGGUGCUUAAUAAAGUGUGUUGGUCUGAAAUGCCCUGGACCAACCAAGGUUCCCAGACUUGGCUGAUA